AUGGAAGCGAGUUUGAAAAGCCAGAGAAUAAUCCAGCCAUCACUUGUGACUGUACUUACGACAAAUAUACUACUUGCCACAUCACCAAACUGUUUCUCAGUUGGAGGAGCUAACUAUGCUGUGUUUCUCAGUUGUCUUUGCUUACAGCAUAUAAAAGACACAGGUUUCUCAGUUGAAGGAGCCAACUCUGAUAGGGAGCUAACUAUGCUCUAUGCAUCAGAUAAUCCUUUCUCAGGAAAGAUACCUUCUUUCGUUGGGAAUUGGAGAAAACUGACUUCUUUAGUUCUACGGAAUACAUUAAUCAAUGGUAGCAUCCCUACUGAUUUUGGAGAAUAUCAACGUUUACAGAUACUGGAUCUAGGUUUCAACAAUUUAACAGGCGAACUCCCAAGUUCUUUGUUCAACACGAGUUCUCUUACAUAUUUCAUGUGUGCAUCCGUUGUCCUCGAGCUCAGGCAAUAUGGAACUCUUUCUCCUUACUUGAUUGUGUUAAGGGAGGUUAACUUUGCUGCUGACUCUCUGGCCAUAAUGGGGCAUGAGAUGGAAAUGGGUAUUCACUGCUUUGUUUUGCCUCGUGGUGGUAUUACCAGUGUUCUCCAAGAAGACAGGGAUGGCCUUUUAAGGUCUAGAUUGAUUUAUGUUUAG